AUGUCGAAGCCUUCAGCAGCGUUGAAAAUGGCGGUACAAAGACGAAGAAAUCUUUCUGUUUUUCUUGAUGAAAUAUCUGUGAGUUUACGAUUCUCUCUCUAUAUUGCUUCUUAUGAAUCGCAGCAGGAUAUACAAUUUGUGCAAUUUGCCGACUAUUUCGGUGGCGCAUUUGCACCGCAUUACAUAGUUUACAUGGGGCAUCAUUCACAUCCGGAUUCAGAUUCUGUGGUCACAGCUAACCAUAAUAUGCUUUCUGCGGUUAUUGGAAGUUCUGAUGGAGCAAAAGAAGUGGCACUUCACCAUUACACUAAAAGCUUCAGAGGUUUCUCAGCUAUGCUCACGCCAGAUCAAGCUCAAACACUAGCAGAAAGCAAAUCAGUUGUUUCUGUGUUCGAAAGCAAGAUCAACAAGGUCUCUACAACACAUUCGUGGGAAUUUUUGAGAAUAGACUCUAUUCAACAAUAUAAUCACCUGCCAAUGGAUUCAAAAUCCAACGUUAUUGUUGGUGUUGUUGAUACUGGAAUUUGGCCAGAGUCCGAGAGCUUUAGUGAAGAUGGAUUUGGUCCAGUUCCCACUAAAUUUCAGGGAGAAUGUGUCACAGGAGAAAACUUCACAUUGUCCAACUGCAACAGGAAAAUUAUCGGAGCUCGAUUCUACUUCAAAGGGUUCGAAGCAGAAAAUGGGCCCAUUGAAGAUUUUGGCAGUCCUUCCUUUCGUUCAGCUCGGGAUAGUGAUGGACAUGGUACACACACUGCCUCCACAGUGGCCGGAUCAGUGGUUGCGGAUAAAAGCUUGUUUGGGAUUGGAGCAGGCACAGCAAGAGGUGGUGCACCAAGUGCUAGGCUUGCCAUCUACAAGGCUUGUUGGUUUAACCUCUGCUCUGAUGCUGAUCUCCUUUCUGCACUGGACGAUGCAAUUCAUGACGGUGUUGAUAUCCUCUCCCUUUCCCUCGGCCCUGACCCUCCACAGCCCGGCUAUUUUGUGGAUGCAAUGUCUGUAGGAGCUUUCCACGCGUUCCAGAAAGGAAUUCUGGUUUCAACAUCAGCCGGGAAUUCUGGUUUGCCACAAACUGCAACUAAUGUUGCUCCGUGGAUCCUUAGUGUCGCUGCAAGUACUAUGGACCGUGAACUACGAUCCAACAUAUAUCUUGGAAAUUCAAAAAUGAUAAUGGGUUUUGGUAUAAACCCUCGGAGUUCAGAGAGGUAUUUUGGUUUAAUUACUGCAAGUGCUGCAGCAUCCCCUGGAGUUCCCUCAACAAAUGCAAGCUUCUGCAAGAACAACACUCUGGACUCAGCCGUAAUCAAUGGGAAGAUCGUGGUAUGCACAAUUGAGUCAGUGUUUGAUAACCGAAGAGAAAAAGCCAUUUUCGUAAAUCAAGGUGGUGGUGUUGGGAUGAUACUCAUUGAUCCCUUCCUCACAAACGUUGCCUUUCAAUUUGUAAUCCCGACCACUUUUAUUGGUCAAGUAGAGGCACAAGAGCUUCAAUCAUAUAUGGCUAAAGAAAAGAAUCCAGUUGCUAAAAUCCAGCAGACAAAUACAGUUACCUUCACUAAACCUGCACCAAAGAUGGCAGUGUUCUCUUCAAUGGGACCAAACAUCAUAACACCAGACAUUUUGAAACCUGAUAUAACAGCACCAGGUGUGAAUGUUUUAGCAGCAUGGUCUCCUGUAGCAACCGAGACCACCACUGCUCACCAAUCUGUCAACUAUAACAUAAUCUCCGGUACCUCCAUGGCUUGUCCACAUGUUUCUGCAGUGGCUGUCAUCUUAAAAUCUCUUCAUCCUUAUUGGAGUCCAGCAGCCAUAAAAUCUGCAAUUAUGACAACAGCUACUGUCCUAGACAACAAUGCAAACCCCAUUCAAAGAGAUCCUAAUGGUGCCCAAACGACACCUUUUGACUAUGGAUCUGGUCACUUAAAUCCAGUAGCAGCAACUGAUCCAGGACUUAUUUAUGAUUUUGAUUCCAAUGACAUUAUCGAGUUCCUCUGCAGUACUGGUGCUACCCCUCUGCAGCUAGCAAACCUCACUACCGACGCAGUACAUUGCAAGUACCCUCCAACACCAUCCUAUGAUUUUAACUACCCUUCAAUUGGGGUCUCCAACAUGACUGGAAGUUUAUCAGUGCAUCGAACGGUUACUUAUUAUGGUGAAGGCUUGACAGUUUAUUAUGCACAAGUAGACUAUCCAAGUGGUGUAAAAGUUACAGUUACACCAAAUAAGCUCAAGUUUUCAGAGGCUGGGCAGAAGAUGUCUUUUAAGGUUGAUUUCACACCUUACAGGAGCAGUAAUGGAAGUUUUGUUUUUGGUGCUUUGACAUGGAGUAAUGGUCACCAUACUGUUAGGAGUCCCAUUGGCCUUAAUGUUCUUUCUGUGUAG